AAAAUAGUUGCAUUUUCUAGUUGCCCAAGGUGAGUUGAGGCUGCCUAGUAUUCCAAUUCAAACUACGGAUUUUCUUUCAAGUGCAGAACUCGAUAAGGAUUUUAUAAACAUGCUUUUGAAAUGCACUUGGCUAUUGGUUUUGCUGCUGUCCGUAAUGGCAGGUGCCUUUGCCAGCAGCGGAUGUCCUGCGGGAUAUAGUGCCGAGAACAAUCGGUGCACCAUUGAGCGUCCUGUUCACGGCUCCUGUCCACCCGGAUCCUCCUACAGCCUGAACAUCAACAAGUGCGUCCACUCCUAAGGAUCUCGUCGAAUAAACUACAAAAUGAAAAUAUCUUAGAUAAGUGAAAACAAAAGUGUAGAGUUGCAAAAAAGAGUAAUGUGAUGAAUUAAAAAAAAAAAUGAUAGCGG